AUGGCCGAGCCUGCCUCUGAGAGUAGGGCCGACGCGGAAGCGCCCAAGGCCGCCAAGGAUCGGAAUUGUCCGUACUGCGGUCAGGCCUUUACCUCUUCCUCGCUCGGACGCCACCUGGACCUCUACAUCAAGGAGCGGAACCCCAAGAAACCGGACGGCCUCCACGACGUCGAGGAGAUUCGGAAGCUGAGAGGCAAUGUCACCCGCCGCCAGAUGAAGGCCUCCCUUGGCCGCCGGCACACGUCGACGCCUGCCGGCACUCCAAAUGCGCUUUCGAAGAAGGGCUCUAUCUCGGAUAUAGACUCCUCAGCUGCCCCUUCACCUGCCGCGGCUAAAGAUGCCCGCAGUCCCGACCCGGCCUCCGUAUAUCCGCUGGCAGCCCGCUGGGAGGCCACCGGUGUCAUCAAUGAAGUCAUGGCCCGGUCGCCGGAUGACAGCGGCAGGAACGAGGAUUCCCGGUCCCACGGGGACGCAGAUCUGCGGCUCUCCGGCUUCCAAACCCGCCCGAUGGUGCCGGCCAUGGCGCGGCCGGGCACCAAGGCCGAAUGGGACAUGAAGCAGAAGAUGCAGGAUGCCAUGGACACCGCCAGGGCAGCCAAGCUGGCUCUGAGGGAGCUUCUUGGCACAUGGCGUUCCGCAAAGCUUCAGAUUGACCUGGGGUCGUCGCCUUUCGAUUUUGAUCCCUUGUCGAUGAACUUUCCCGCACUUACGCUGCAGUGCCUCAGGCCUGCGCCAACGCUGUUUGCGUCCACCCUGCACCCGACAUCGUCGUCCUGGUCGACCACGCCGCCAGGAUCCAGCCAAUACGAAGCUCUGAAGGCCUUCUUCAAGGAGGAGUUCCGCAAGUGGAAGGUGAAGUGUGCCGCAGCUACGACGGCGGUCUUUGAGGAGCUGAAAUAUCCACCGGCAGCGUCUCUUCAGAAGCAGGACAGAGCCGAGGCCGUUGAGCGGGCAGAACAACGGGCGGAAACGCUGGAGCGUGAGGCAGAAGAGCACCUGGAAGCCACAUUUGCCGCAUGGGCAGGGCUACCACCGGAGCGGCAGACAGAGCUCUGGGUGCUGGAGCUUGCGCGGGGCGUGGCGACCAAGCAGACGGAGCUUGACAAGAUGGCACAUGUACAGCACAGGCUGAACCAAGAAGUAACAAAUCUCAAGUCCCAGAUCGAACAGCUCAACCGCCUUCAACAGCCACGCGAGUACAAGAUUGUGCCGCCAAUGACGAUCCCGAUGAGCGAGAAGCUGUUGAUGAUGCUCCAGGACGAGGCGGUCACCCAUAGCUGCCGCAAGAUCGGCUGGGAUAUCGGCGACCGGAACGCGGACCUGGACGUGCUGCUGUCCGUGGCCGUCGACCGUUGGAAGAGCGUCGUUGUCUCGGCACGAUCAGCAAACCGGACCCUCGCUGCAGCAGGCCGGGGCCAGAUGCCAGCGGUGGCCGGAGGAGGCAGCACGUUAGCACCGCCCCCCCCUACCUCCAACAGGUCUGUCACGCCCUCUCUCGGCUCGCCACAGCAGGCCUGGCUUCAGCAACAGCAGCCUCUGCCACGGCCCGGAGUUCCGAUGAUGAUCCCGCAGGCAGCCGCCACAGCACCGACCGCUCUGAUGGAGAGCGCCUCGCGGCAGCCGCAGAAGGAGGUCGAACGAAAGCAAGGCACACAGCAGCGACAACAGCACCGUCAGUUAGUACCGCCAGCGCAGCAGAUGCCGGCAGUUCAGCCGGUAGAAGCUGCCGCACAAGGCGCUGCGCAGCAGCAGUUGACGCCACAAAUAGCAGACGUGGCCAACGACGAGGUGUCCGACGACGACGAGGACGACGAGAUGAGCGACAAGGAUGCAGAUGCCGAGAUGGAAGACGGCGACGAGUUUGCGCAUAUGCAUACACCCAUCUCACGGUCCAUACCGCCCAGCUCUACUGCGCCUCCUCCUCUCAUGCAGCAACAGCUGCUUCCUACGCCACCGAUAGAACACGGACAGCAGAUAAUGCCGCAACUCAAGGUGCCUCGGGCACGUGGUCCGGUGCAACAGCCUCUUUCGAUGGUAGCAAACACGUCCAUCGGUCUGGGGGAUGUCCAGUCCAGCACCGGCCGGUCCGUGGCAGCCGUACACGUCCACUCGCCGGGACAUCAUGUCAUGCACCAGGCUGACAUGGGCCUCACGAUGGCCACACUUGGCGCCGAUUCGAUGUUCAUGGAUUGA